CCAAUCGGUUCUAAAAUAGAGAUCCAAAUCACCACUUAAAAAUAACCCAUGUGACACACCCAUACAAACCUCGGUUAAUCCGUCGCUAAUCACUAUAUAUAUACUCCCGACUCCCAAAAUUUAAUAAUUACUCUACUCUCAUUUUUUAUCUCUGUCCAAAAACCCUAAAGACAACCAUGGGAUCUGAUAAGAAGAUUAAGAUCGGAAUCAACGGAUUUGGAAGAAUCGGAAGAUUAGUAGCGAGAGUAGCACUGCAAAGAGAUGAUGUUGAGCUCGUUGCCGUUAAUGAUCCUUUCAUUACCACUGACUACAUGACGUACAUGUUUAAGUAUGACACUGUUCAUGGUCAAUGGAAACAUCAUGAGCUUAAGGUCAAGGAUGAGAAGACCCUUCUUUUUGGUGAGAAGCCAGUUGCUGUUUUUGGGAUCAGGAACCCAGAAGAGAUCCCAUGGGCUGAAGCUGGGGCUGACUUUGUGGUCGAGUCCACUGGAGUGUUCACAGACAAGGACAAGGCUGCUGCUCAUUUGAAGGGUGGAGCUAAGAAGGUCAUCAUCUCUGCUCCCAGCAAAGACGCCCCUAUGUUUGUCAUGGGUGUCAAUGAGAAGGAAUACAAACCUGAGCUUAACAUUGUUUCAAAUGCUAGCUGCACAACUAACUGCCUUGCUCCCUUGGCUAAGGUUAUCAACGAUAGGUUUGGUAUCGUUGAGGGUCUUAUGACAACAGUGCAUGCUAUGACCGCCACUCAAAAGACCGUUGAUGGACCAUCAAUGAAGGAUUGGAGAGGUGGAAGAGCUGCCUCUUUCAACAUCAUUCCCAGUAGUACUGGUGCUGCUAAGGCUGUUGGUAAAGUGUUGCCAGCUCUUAAUGGCAAAUUGACCGGAAUGGCCUUCCGUGUGCCGACUGUGGAUGUUUCAGUUGUGGACCUAACUGUGAGACUAGAGAAAAAGGCUACUUAUGAUCAGAUCAAGGCUGCUAUUAAGGAGGAAUCAGAAGGCAAGCUCAAGGGUAUCUUGGGAUACGCUGAUGAAGAUCUUGUAUCUACAGAUUUUGUUGGUGACAGCAGGUCAAGCAUCUUCGACGCCAAGGCUGGAAUUGCCUUGAAUGAUAACUUUGUGAAGCUUGUCUCCUGGUACGACAAUGAAUGGGGAUACAGUUCUCGUGUUAUUGACCUCAUUUGCCACAUUGCAUCUGUUGAAGCAUAGAAGACGUUCGCUAGAUAGAGAUCAUUGUUGAAUGAAGGAUUUCAUCAGUCUUUUUCUGUUAAAUUUGAAAUAACAAGGAAUUUUAAGACCCUAUUUUUUUGCAAGUAUUUUGGAUUUUGAAAUAGCUUGUUGGGGGAAAAGAAUUAAUAUUUUUGUA